UGCUUCUUCUGGUGACUGGAACCUUUGACCACGCAGUCUGUUUUUAAUUUUCGGGAAAGUAAAGAAAUCGUUAGGACUUAGAUCGGGGCUAUUAUAUGGAGGAUGGUCCAAUAAUUCCACGUUUUCUUCCGUUAAAUACUGCCUUGUUUCUUGGGCUGUGUGCGAGCUUGCAUUGUCUUGGUGGAGGAUGUUUCUUCUUUCGGGGUUGUUUUUUCGAAGAUCGGUGAUGACUUUUGGCAAAC